AUGACUGCCUCUUCAAUAGAAGCAGCGCCGAUCAAAAGCCGCAAAAAUGGCCUGUCAUCGAAAAUUGGCAAAAUCUUUGGAGCUGGGAAAAGCGCCCCUGCUACGGGUCUCGGGUCUGGUGAAGUCUCGUCUUCUGUCAAACAUGCGCAGAUCCCUUCCCCAACCAACUCGUCACUGUCGCUAGAAAGCACCCACAACAAAGCCCUCCAUGGUUCGGAACCGUCAAGUCCCAGCUCUCCAGCAACGUCUCUCAGCGGACGUGGAUCUCAAAAUGGCUCUCAAGACGAGAGCACGCUUGCCACUUACAAGUCAAGGUCCGAGAACGUGGAGCAACCCACGGUGAGUUCUCUCAACAUAGCCGCUAUGGCCUCUGCCGGUUCUGGGCGGUUUGUUGUGUUGAAGAACAACAUGCACGAGCACCAUUUAAAGAAUGCGAAACGCCAAGAAAAGCUCAGCAGCAUGAUUAAAAAUAUUCUUGGCGCUCAGAAACUGCGAGGCGAAGCAAAGUCCGCAGUUCCUGAUAUCUUGAUGAACAAAAAGAACCCACGAAGCAUUCCUGAUGACCCACCGUCUCUCUUCUCUGGAUUUGUACGACAAGCUACGUCUUUCGAACAGGAUCAAAUCUACAGUGGGGCUUCUCAGACUCCUAAGAAAUUUUAUAAGAAGCAACAAGACCGCUCUUCCGAAAUUAAAGGUCCUGCAACUGACCCAAUUCGUACAUUAAAGGAAAACUCAGCUUGCUUCGCUGAAAAAUAUGGGCGGUGUCAGGAAGUUGUCGGGAAAGGAGCUUUCGGCGUUGUUAGGAUUUGUCACAAGAAGGCACCUGAGGAGAUUCACGGCGAGAAGCUCUACGCAGUCAAAGAAUUCAAGAGAAGGCCUACAGAGUCGCCCGACAAAUACUCCCGAAGACUGACAUCUGAAUUUUGCAUUUCUUCUUCUCUAAAGCACACCAAUAUCAUCAUGCCUCUCGACUUGUUUCAGGACGCAAAAGGCGAUUAUUGUCAGGUCAUGGAGUAUUGCCACGGCGGUGAUUUGUUUACUUUGAUCAUCGCUGCUGGUAGAUUGGAAUACAUGGAAGCAGACUGCUUUUUCAAGCAGCUAAUUAGAGGUGUGGUUUAUAUGCACGACAUGGGCGUAUGUCAUCGCGAUCUGAAACCUGAAAAUCUUUUAUUGACAUCAAACGGCGUUUUGAAGAUUACUGACUUUGGGAACAGUGAAUGUUUCCGUAUGGCGUGGGAACGAGACAUCCAUCUAAGUGGUGGUGUAUGCGGAUCGAGUCCUUAUAUCGCGCCAGAGGAGUAUACUCAUGACGAAUUUGAUCCACGCCCAGUGGAUAUCUGGGCGUGUGGAGUAAUAUACAUGGCAAUGAGGAGCGGUCGUCAGCUGUGGAGCACAGCUCAAAAAGAGGAUGAGUUUUUCAUGAAGUACCUCACCGGCAGGAAAGACGAGGCUGGCUACGAGCCAAUCGAAAAAUUAAAGAGGGCGCGUUGCCGAAAUGUUAUUUAUUCCAUUCUUGAUCCAGUUCCCAGCAGAAGAAUAAGUGGAAAACAGAUUUUGAAUAGUGAGUGGGGACGAGAAAUCAAUUGUUGCCAUGAGGGCCAGCCUCUCAAGGAAUGA